UGUUGGCACGUGGGGGUGGGAGUGACAGACAGUUGCAGCAGCACGAGUUGAUAACAGUGAGCAGCAUUUAAUCCACGUUGUGUGGAUUAAACAUCUCACACAGCAAACACAGAGCUGGUUUGAGGUGUGUCUCGGCAGCUGUGUGGAUGGGGGGAAACAGCCCGAGUCAUUUCUCCCUCGAGGAGGGGGAAAACGGAGGAGUAACGUUUGUGAAGGGCAUUAGGCUGUCGGACAAAGUCAUCAACCGGAUGAAGGAGUCGGGAAAGGCCACCUGUCCCAGUUUCACACAGAUAGAAAGUCCUCCUCCACCUGUAAACCAAACCUCCACCCCAGUCCCUGCCCCCUCUGUGGAACACCUGAUACCUCUUCUGACACCUCCGCCUGCUCUAUUCACCACUCCUCAAGAAGCCCCAUCCUCAGCUCCAUCAGUGGAGCAUGCUCCCCCCGUAAAACUCGUCCCUCCUCCACCUGUAAAGUUUCACUCCCUUCCUCUGCCUUCUUCUGGGGAGCCAUCAGCCCCGCCUCCACCUGCAGAGCCAAAAGGUUCACCUGUUGCUGACCCUGUUGUCUCAGCCCCCCUUCCACUGCUACCUUUAACUACUCCACAAGUAGAGGCAAUGGUGGAGCCUCCUCCACCGGCUGUUGCAGAGCCAGUAAUCGUGACUCCGGUUGAAUCCUUUACAACACCUCAUGUUGAGCAAGAAACUCCACCUGCACCAACCAUAAUCGAAACCAUUGCCCCAUAUCCACCCAUAGAGUUGAUUCCUGUAGAUGUACCUGAGCCUGUAGCUCCGUCUAUGCCCUCUGAUCUUGUGAUAGAAACACCUCCAUCUGCUAUCGAAGCUGUUGUAGCUCCCUCUGUUGACCUUGUUGUCCCACCUCUGCCUGUUGAGCCAUCUCCAGUUGCUAUAGCUCCACCUGAACCAAUUGCUCCAUCUUUGCCCUCUGAACCAACACCUCCAUCUGUUAUCGAAGCUGUUGUAGCUCCUUCUGUAGAACCUGUUGUCCUCCCUCCACCUGUUGAGUCAGCACCAAUUGCUGUAACUCCACCUGAACCAUUAGCUCCAUUGCUGCUCUCUGAACCAACACCACCAUCUGCUAUAGAGCCUGUUGUAGCUCCUUCAGUAGAAGCUGUUGUCCUCCCUCCACCUGUUGAGUCAGCUCCAAUUGCUGUAACUCCACCUGAACCUCUGGCUCCAUUUUUGCUCUCUGAACUCACACCUCCAUCUGCUAUCGAACCUGUUGUAGCUCCUAGUGUAGAACCUGUUGUCCUCCCUCCACCCGUUGAGUCAGCUCCAAUUGCUGUAGCUCCACCAGAACCAUUAGCUCCAUCUUUGCCCUCUGAACCAACAUCUUCAUCUGCUAUCGAACCUGUUGUAGCUCCUAGUGUAGAACCUGUUGUCCUCCCUCCACCCGUUGAGUCAGCACCAAUUGCUGCAACUCCACCUGAACCUCUAGCUCCAUCUUUGCCCUCUGAACCAACGCCUCCAACUGCUAUCGAACCUCCUGCUGCUCUGUCAUUUGAACCUGUUGUCCUACCCCCACCUGUUGAGUCCCCCCCAGCCGAUGUAACUCCAAUUGAACCAUUAGCUUCAUCUUUGCCCUCUGAACCUACGACUCCAACUGCGAUCGAACCUGUUGUUGCUCCUUCAGUCGAAACUGUUGUCCUACCUCCACCUCUGGCCGCUGUAGCUGCACCUGAACCUGAACCUAUAGCUCCAUCUCUGACCUCUGAACUUGUGACUCCAGCACCUCCAAAUGCUAUUGAAGUAGCACCUGUGGCUCCCUCUAUUGAACCUGUUGUACUUCCUCCACCUGUGGAAACUCCCCCAGCAUCAGCAGCUUCACCCGAAAUUUUGGCCCCAUCCCCACCCUCUGAAAUUGAGACACCAACACCUCCAAUGAUUAUUGAACCUGCUGCCGUUGCUCCUUCUGUUGAAACUCUUGAGCCUCUUGUCCUGUCUACACCACCCGUGGAAACAGUCCCAUCACCCGCUGUUGAAUCUAUACCAGUUGAACCAAUAACUCCACCCUCUCCCGCAGAUACAACUCCAGUUGAAGCUGCAGUUAUACCCCCUCCCGAAGAAACUAGCUUUGUUGAGCCUGUUGUUCUUCCUGUUGUGGUUGAAGAAGUCCCUCUAGUCAUGGCCCCAGUUGUUGAAGCACCACCUCCAUGUGAGCUUGUUCCACCUUCACCUCCUCCAGAAUCAGUGGCAGCGUUUGACCCUUUGCCAGAGUUUUCUCCUCCACCCUGUCCCUCUGUGGAGCUGGCCGUCGUUCCUGCUCAUGCACCUGUAAGUGAGCCCUUCGUAGAGCCUCAGGCACCACCUCCACCUGAACCAGCUCCACCUGUGGAGGAGCCCAGGGUGAUUCCAACUCUGCCCCCUGUAAUUGAAGAUGAAGUACCUGUUGUCGCCUCAGUGCCUCCACCUGCACCAGCUCUGUCUCUGUCUCCUGAAGAGGUGGAGCAGAAGUUGAGGCAGAGGAUCAAGGGGGACCUGCAGAGGAGUCUAGAGGAGGAAAUCAACCUCAGGAGACAGGAGCUGCAGAGACAGCUGGAGGAGAUGAGGGCUCAGGCUGCAUCAGAUGCCAAAGCAGCAGCCCAGGCUCAGGUAGAGGAGCAGGUGAAGAAGGCACUGGAUGCGGAGAAACCAGGGUACUUGGAGAACCUGAAGGAGUCCAUCAUGAGGGAGCGCAUGAAGACAGAGGAUCAGAGGCUCAUGGUGCAGCUUUACUGGAUGGAGGUGAAGGCUCAUCAGCUGGAGAAGAGGGAGACAGCUUUGAGGAAGCGAGACGCUCUCUACAAGGAGCACAUCACGAAACUUGAAGCAAAGUGUACUGAGUUUUAUAAAGUGACUGCUGAGAGCUACGAGAAGGGCAAAGAAGAUACUCACAAUCGUUUUAAGCGCACUAAUAUCCAGCCAUUGUGUGGAGACCUGCAGAGUCAGAUUUUAAAAUGCUACAAGGAGAACACAGGGAAGACUCUGUCCUGCUCCAGCAUUGCCUCUGCCUACAUGCAGUGUGUGGAUAAUGCCAAGAAGAAUAAAUUAAGCCCUGGAGGUUAAUAGGGACCACGUGACGAGGACGUUGACGUCUGUCAGCUUUACUGAUUCUGGAGAAUCAACCACAGCCUUUACUGGAAGAGGAACACUUCACAUACUCUCACACUGGUCUGGUUACAGUGUCAAAAGCAUUAGCAGCUUAGUCUUUCACUUUGGUGCCAUGUUUGAGACCUCACCGGUUCUUGGGAUCACUUUUAAACCAAAUGUGCCACAACACUAACAGAUGGGUCAUUGCAUUUUAAGAGCUUGUGUUUGUAAAUGAGGCAAAUUGCAAUGACUGCACCGAAGAUUUAAGUUUGUCAUGAGUGGUUGGUUGAGUCACUGUCAGGUAUUUUGUAUGGCAUAUAUACUUUACGCUGAGUGAGCUCAGUUUAUUAUUAUGUAUGUGUGCCUUUGAAGCUCUGAAAGUUCAUUAUCUGAUUGCAGAUGCAUGAAAGAACACUAUCCUAUAUACCAGUAUGCGUUUUAGGUUAUUGUACUGUACAUAUAAUAUUUCAGGGGUGAUUUCUGCUGCAUGCAAAAAAGUAAAUUAAAUAAACCAGUUUCAAACUUUAA